AUGCACAUUUAUCGCCAAUUUAUGAAAAAAGUAGUACCUACAUCAUCACUCCAAAAUAAUAGUAUGGAAAUAGAAAUUUGUGGAAGAAGAGUAGUAAAUAUAUCACACUUAUUUCAAGAAAUCAAAAGUAUUGAUAACCACAAACCACUUGACUGUGGAUUUAAAAAUAUGAUAUUAAUUGAUGAAAGAAAGCUUGGCCUAAAAUCAUUUUUUAGCUUCAAAUGUUGCAUGUGUAAUAUUAAAAAAACUAUAUCGUCCGAAAAUGAAGAUCUUAUGGCUAUAAAUACUUCGGCAGUAAUAGGUACAUUGAAUAUUGGAUGUGGUUUCAGUCAAUUACAAGAAAUUAUGUCUGCAAUGGAAAUAACUACUUUAAAUCACAAAACGUACCAAAAUGAGCAUGAUCGGAUUUGCAAAGGAUACAAAAUAGCUGCGUUAAAAGCAAUGGAUAAUGCGGCUGAAGAUGAAGCAGAAUUGGCUAUAAAAAAUGGAGAAGUAGACGCCGAUGGAAUGCCAUUAAUUACAGUAGUAGCUGAUGGGAGUUGGUGUAAGAGAUCGUGCCGAACAAUGUACAAUUCACCAUCUGGAAUGGCAGCUAUCGUUGGGUAUCGAACUAAAAAAGUGUUGUUCAUGGGCGUAAAGAAUACAUUUUGUUCGACAUGUGCCAGAACUAAAAAUGGAGAUAAGCCAAAAAAUCAUACAUGUUUCAAAAACUGGAAAACGUCAGAUGGAUCGUCAGGAAUGGAAGCAUCAAUUAUUAUUAGUAGAAGGAUUCAAAGAAAGUGA